UCCUCGUGCUGCAUGUUUUUCCGGGGCGCUUUACCACGUGUUUGUCCGCCAUGACACUUGCCCUUGAGUAGUAAGCUGACUAGCAAAUGUGCAGCAAGGGAAAUGUCUGUGUCCAAGACCACCGGGGGAAAAAGUAUAGACAUUGUGAGGAAUUUACCACGGAUAACCCUAGCUAACCUUCGGCCAAAUCCCGGUGCAAGGAUAAAUGAGAAGCGCCGGGGUCGGGGGCAGCAUGGUGGGAAUAAGAGUGGACGGGGACACAAAGGUGAACGGCAGCGAGGGAACCGUCCUCGCCUGGGCUUUGAAGGAGGCCAGACCCCAUUCUACCUGCUCAUUCCUAAAUAUGGCUACAAUGAGGGGCACAGUCGUCGCCAACAAUAUCCACCACUCACUCUGCGGAGGCUGCAGUAUUUAAUAGACCUCGGCCGCGUGGAUCCGUCUCAGCCCAUAGACCUCACGCAGCUGGUCAACGGCAGAGGGGUCACCAUUCAGCCUCUCAAACGUGACUAUGGUGUCCAUCUUGUAGAAGAGGGAGCUGACAUAUUCUGCACUAAGGUGAAUCUGGAGGUUCAGCGUGCUUCUGAAGCCGCCAUCGCCGCAGUAGAACGUAACGGAGGCGUAAUUUCAACCAGCUACUACGACCCUCGCAGCUUAGAAAUCCUUGUCAAACCAGUGCCGUUCUUUAUGACCGGCCAGCCCAUUCCUAAGCGCAUGCUCCCGGGUGAAGAUCUCCUUCCAUACUAUGUAGAUGCUAAUAACCGUGGUUAUCUUGCUGAUCCAGAGCAGAUCCAGGCUGCCCGGCUCGCACUGGCAAAGAAAUACGGCUACACGUUACCAGACAUAUCGCCGGAAACAGUGUGCAAAAUGUUAGCCGAGAGGAAGGACCCACGACAGAUCUUUUUCGGUUUGUCCCCAGGCUGGGUUGUAAAUUUGGCAGAGAAAAAGAUCCUUAAACCCACUGACAAAGACGUAUUGAAGUACUACAGUUCGUAAUAUGUGGCUUAAUGAUAUUUGUGUAAAUAUGUAUCAUUGUUUUUGUUAAUCAGUAAUAAAUUGUCACCAUGUUUAAAACUUCA